GCUACACGUAAGAGGCGAGGCUAUCAUUCAAAACAAUAUACACGUUUACAUUGGGCGCCGGAAGCUUCCUGUUUGCUGCACCGAAAACGAAAGUAGAGCUGGGAUAUAAAUCUAUUUCUUCUAUUCAGGCACAGACAGAGGCGGCCAUGCAGAAAGCUCCACUGGAUGAGCUGCAGGUGACGGAGAGGGAUGGGUGCACAGGGAGGGAGCGCACACUGUCAGCACUGCACCCUGAGAGGAUGGAGGAGCGCUGCUUUGUGACGUACAGACCCCCAACACUAGAGGGCUCCCCAGCACAGGUGGAGGAGUACCUGGAGCAGGCCCAGUUCAUUGCAGAAGACUUGGACUGGCUGCUGGCUCUUCCACACGAUAAAUUCUGGUGCCAGGUGGUGUUCGAUGUGUCUCUGCAGCAAUGCCUGGACUCAUACCUGCGACUGGCUCCCCGGGGACUGGACUGUAACCUGUCCACAUCACCCAGGGUCAGCGACAUGCAGAGGCACCUCCAUCGCUGUGUCUUCAUGACCUUUCUCAGGAUGGCUACUCACAAGGAGUCCAGGGAACAUUUCCUCUCUCCUGCUGUAUUUGGAGAGAUUAUUUACAAUAACUUCCUGUUCGACAUCCCCAAGAUCCUGGACCUGUGUGUGCUGUUUGGAAAAGGGAAUGGAAUGCUUCUGAACAAAAUGAUUGAAAACAUCUUCACUCAGCAGCCUGGUUACUACAGCGACCUUGACGAGACUGUGCCCACAAUACUACAGGUGCUGGACACUAUCCUGCAGAAGUGUGGGCUGCAGACAGAGGGAACCUCCAAUGGGCAGCCCCUGAAGCUGGGGGCACAGAGUGCUCCUGGACCCAUGGACAUGAGUGUGAAGGACUUGGUAGAUCUGGUGCUGUACCUGUGUGACACCUGCACCACUCUCUACUCCUUCCUGGACAUCUUCCCACCCGCCAGCACCACCUUCCAAAAACACAGCUUCCUCCUCCGGCUGGCUUCUUUUUAUGAGCUUUGUGUUCCUGAGCUAGAGAAUGCAGUGAGGAAGAGAAAGUUUGAAGAGAAAAGCCUGCAGGAGGACCUGUGGAGGAGGCUCUCUCACUCACGCAGGAAGAUGGUUGAAAUCAGCCACCUCCUGAUCAACCACACCUGUCUGCAGCCCAUUCUGGAGAACAGCAGCUCAGAGACUAUCCAAGUGUUUGUUGAAGAUUUCCUGCAGCUCUUCACAGCUCUCCUUCAGGAAAAGAGAUUCCUUGCGGACUAUGACGAGCAGUUUCCUGUAACGGAUGAUGUCAGCUUGUUACAGCAGGCUUCCCCACUCCUAGAUGAAACCAGGGCCUCGUACAUCCUGCAGGGGAUUGACUGUGCCUGGGAGAGCCUGGGGAGGAAGAAGCACAGCCUGCCUCCUGUCCGCUCAACCCCAGCUCCAGAGCUGAGCAGCGAGGCGCGCUCGGAGAGAGAGGGGCCUCAGGGAGCCACGGGCGGGACUGGAGCCCAGCAGGAAUUCUACAGUGAGGAUUACGAUCCGGGGGCCCCGGGGUGUGCACUGAGCGCUGGGGAGCUGGAGUCCCUGGUGUUCCAGGUACGAGACCUGCUCCCUGACUUGGGGGAGGGCUUCAUCAUGGCCUGCCUGCAGGAGUACGGCAACAACUCUGAGCGCGUCAUCAACAACAUCCUGGAGGGCAAGCUGUCCCCCAGGCUGGAGAAAAUGGACCACAGCCUGCCCAGACCUGUGAAGGAGCAGCUGCCGGAAGUCCUGAAGUCCAGAUCCAACGUGUUUGACGAUGACGAGUUUGACGUGUUCACCCGGGACGUCCUGGACACAUCACGCAUCUGGAAGGGCAGGAGGCAGGGGGAGAGUGCCCGCGCCCUGGUGAAUAACAAGCAGCACGUGGAAGAGCAGAGGGGGCGCUAUCGAGCCUACGAGGUGGUGAUGGAGGAGGUGCCCGUGGGGGAGGGGGAGGAGGGCGGAGCUGCAUUCUACAGUGAAGACUACGAUGAUGAGUAUGAUGAUACGUACGAUGGUGGCCAGGUGGGAGCGAACGACCUGGACGAGGGCAGCGAGCUGCUGGCCCGAAGGCCCUUCACCAUCCCGCGGGUCCUGCGUGACGGGAGGGAAGAGGAGGAGCUGAAGGAAGAGAGGGAUUACGAAGAGGAGGAAGAGGAGAAGGACAAUGCAGUUACGAGGGACCAGUUUGUUCAGGACCCUGCAGUGCUGAGGGAGCGCGCUGAGGCACGGAGAGCUGCCAACUACAACAGGAGAGGAUUCAAAGCCGACACGCCAGGAAGUGCUGUGGGUGCAGCAAAGGGGCGGGGCCAGAGCAAGGAGACCGUGCAGGAGCGCCGCAAGAAGGAGGCCAACAAGAGCGGCCGGGCCAAUCACAACCGCCGGGCCAUGGCAGACAGGAAGAGGAGCAAGGGCAUGAUCCCAUCAUGAGGGCUGCUACAGGAUGGGCCCUGCUGGAACCUGCAUCUCCUCCACACAGCACAGACACUCCAGCAGCUCUACAUCCUGAGAGCAGUGGCAGUAAAACAAAGAGGGGUUCCAGCUGAGAUGAACUGUGAGCAACUUGAGUUCUCUCACAGCCACAUUCUUUAUUGAUUUUGGGGUUGUAUGUUUUGUGUAGGAGGCAGCUUGGACUAGUGGUUAAUGCUGAGGACAGUGUGCUCCAAUGGUUAGAAAUGAAGGAUUUGAGAAAACAUAGUCUGAAGCCACAGAGCUGUGGGCUAGAAGGCAGUGGCUUACUUGUUAAACUGGCCUGUUGGAAAUCCCAGUGCAUCCAGUCUCCAACAGCAUGACUCCGUACUGGAGACCGGGCUUUUACAUGAAAAUUUAAACUGUUCCAUUUCAAUGAGAAUAAGGCCAGAUUCUGGAUGUAAUAAAAUGAAAACAACAUGUUUUUCAUGUAAAAAAUGCAUUUAUUUACAAGUGGAGUGGUGUAAACAUUUCCAUUGUCUAUUGUCUAUCAAUAUUACACAAUAAAUGUUGCGGAAGAGUC